GGGGAUAUUUGCAAGAAAGACCGAUAUAUACAUUCUGGACUGUUUUCGUGUCUGUGAGACUUGAUGACAUCGGAACUCCUCGACUGUUUCGCGUGUGGCUUGUUGCGGGUCCCGAUCGAAUGGAUCGUUUCCCUCGCGAUCGCGUUCUACGAGAAUUGCUUCGAGAAAAUCGACGGUAGCUUCGUAAACAUGCGACUGCCCGCGUUUGGGAAAAAAUCCGCAAAUCCGGAUGAAGAAACCGGAUCAAAAGGCGACGGGUCACGAUGCGCCCGCGGCGAGUCUGAAAAGUCUCGCCAGAAGAUCCGUGAGGGUGUACGGAACCGAAUUUACUCCAAGACAAUAAUCCUCCCUGUGAUCGCGCGACACCCCUCCAAAGAAAUUGUGAUAUUCAAGGGCUCGCCAAGGGACAUGUCUCAGGUACCUCUGAUCGCGAACGAAGAAAACCAACGACCCACGGAAUCUUCGACCAACAUGGUGGUGCUCGAGGCCGGUCUACCUGGUGACACAUGGAGGUACUGCGUAGAAAGGGAACGUCUCGCGUCAAGAUCGGAAUGGUUCCGAGCGAUGCUGUUCGGUCCACUGGCCCCGGCAGCUACCGAUCCACCGCCAUCGGUACGACUCCAACACGUGGAAAAGCGUGCUUUCGAUUAUCUGUUCAGAUAUCUUCUCGACGAGCCGAUACAUUUCCAAUCGGUGUCGACGGCCAGAGCCACCCUCGACGCUGCCCAUCAGUACCUUUGCCCGGAAUUGUCACGCCUGGCUGUCGAGUACCUGGAGAGGAACUUGAACGCGGGCACUGUCCUGGAGAUCUACCAAGGUCUCAACCUCUACGCGAAUCACGCGACUUCCGGCCUCUCGAGGUCGCCUAACUCGCCUUCCGCGCCGCCACCCCCCGGAGACGACGCUGGUGAAAUAGCCGCGGUCUGUACGCGACUGUUGGACGCCUGUCUGGACAUAAUCGACGCGGAGCCGGAAGUGGUCUUCGGCCAGGAGCGUUUCGAGGAGCUGAGCGUCGCGGAAGUGGAGGAACUGGCGUGUCGCGAUAGUCUGAGGCUGACCAACGAGUCUGUCCUGUUCCACGCGUUGGACAGGUGCGCUGCAUCGGAGUGCAGAAGAGCAGGCGUGGAACCAUCGGCCAGCAACAAGAGAGCAACUCUAUCGGACGAAGUCUGGUACAGCGUUCGGUACCCUUUGAUGACGGACAGAGAGUUCAUCGAGGGACCAAUGGCCAGCGGCGUACUCUCCAGCGAAGAGUCCGCCUUCAUCGUUGCUAGGAUUCUUGGACACACUCAAAGUCGCGACGGAAACGAGCUUCGAGGAUCGAUCGCUGGUCCACUGUCCAGACUCUCGAGCGCCCCGAGAAUCGGUGUACCGUGUUACGAGAACCAAAGUUACACGAUGUCCGGUAAAAAGGAGCGACAGGACAACCGGAAGAACAGGAGGAAGGAGUGCGCGAGCCAAGGGCAGAAAACCUGCGCGAGAAUCGGCAACUGUCUCGUCCGUGUUCUCGCCUGUGUUUUCGACUGAACAAGCUUUUAACAAGAAGCAAAAACCAAAAGAUUAAAGAGAGGAACGAAAUUCCUGAAUCUCAUCCGCAGGAAAACAGAUUUUUAUUACGGUUUUUCUAUAGAUGCCUUCGUAUCGAGAUCGAAGCGCCUACCACGAUUUUAUUACUCGAUAAAUAAUUUUAUUUUUCUCCCGUCACCGUUAAAUACAUAUAGUAUAUAUAUAUAUAUAUUAGAUACAAUUCUUUUUUUUAAGCGUUCAAUUUUUCUACAAACACCUAUGUACGCUUCACACGCUGCCAUAUCGUUCGAGAUUCUUUCUUGGCGGCCAUUUGCUUUUUUUCGUUCGAGACUACGGCGACAGGGACGGGGAAACGUUUCACGGUGUUUAUUUUGUAAAAAUUAUAGAGAUUUAAAAUAUUUGUACAAUAUUUUAAUAAUAGGUGUUUUGAAAUUGAUUUGUUUCUGUAAAUUAUGCAAGCAUAAUUUGCUUUUUUUCAUUCGAGAUUAUGGCGAUAGGGACGGGGAAACGUUUCACGGUGUUUAUUUUGUAAAAAUUAUAGAGAUUUCAAAUAUUUGUACAAUAUUUUAAUAAUAGGUGUUUUGAAAUUGAUUUGUUUCUGUAAAUUAUGCAAGCAUAAUUUGCUUUUUUUCAUUCGAGAUUAUGGCGAUAGGGACGGGGAAACGUUUCACGGUGUUUAUUUUGUAAAAAUUAUAGAGAUUUCAAAUAUUUGUACAAUAUUUUAAUAAUAGGUGUUUUGAAAUUGAUUUGUUUCUGUAAAUUAUGCAAGCAUAAUUUGCUUUUUUUCAUUCGAGAUUAUGGCGAUAGGGACGGGGAAACGUUUCACGGUGUUUAUUUUGUAAAAAUUAUAGAGAUUUCAAAUAUUUGUACAAUAUUUUAAUAAUAGGUGUUUUGAAAUUGAUUUGUUUCUGUAAAUUAUGCAAGCAUAAUUUGCUCUUUUUCGAAUAUUCGAGACUCAGGCGACAGAGACAGGGAAACGUUUCAAAAUGUUUAUUUUAUAAAAAUUCUAAAGAUGUAAAAUAUUAUAAUAAUGGGUAUUUGAAAUUGAUUUGUAGUGUUUCUGUAAAUUAUGCAAGCAUAAUUUGCUUUUUUUCGAAUAUUCGAGACUCAGGCGACAGGGAUGGGGAAACAUUUCAUGAUGUCUAUUUUUUAUAAAAAUUCUAAAGAUUUAAAAUAUUUGUAUAAUAUUCUAACAAUUUGUAUUUGAAAUUGAUUCGUUUCUGUAAAUUAUGCAAGCAUAAUUUGCUUUUUUUCGAACUAUUCAAGACUAUGGCGACAGUUUCACGAUGAUUAUUUUAUAAAAAUUCUAAAAAUUUAAAAUAUUUUAAUAACGGGUAUUUGAAAUUGAUUUGUAGUGUUUCUGUAAAUUUUGCAAGCAUAAUUUGCUUUUUUUCGAACUAUUCAAGACUAUGGCGACAGUUUCACGAUGAUUAUUUUAUAAAAAUUCUAAAAAUUUAAAAUAUUUUAAUAACUAGUAUUCGAAAUUGAUUCUUUUCUGUAAAUUAUGCAACCAUAAUUCGAAGGUUUCCCGUGUCUCUAGUCACAGAAAGAGCUGCAAGAGGCUGAGACGUUCACUUACGCGUUUUGUAAUGUCUUUUAUUUCUCGAAAGGUUAAGAGCUUUCACGUACGACGUUCCUCCGCGUGUAAAAAUGUUUCUCAGGGAAGAUUUUUCUUUUUUUAAAUCAAUUACAAAGUUACGAGUGUUUUACGGGUGUUUUAUCAGCAGUUUUUUCUACCCAGAGUGCUUUAUCGUUUACAAAUUUCGUUAUCGAGAUCUAUUUGUUCAUUGAACCUCGAUGCCCCAAUUGGUUUCGGUGUUGAUAAUAGCUUUGGACUUUUGAAUCUUAAUCCCACAGAUUACCGCGAUCGUUAUCGUUUUCGAUCGACGAAGCAUCGAUAUUCUCGGGGAAGAUUUCUUUUUUUUUAAAUCAAUUACAAAGUUACCAGUGUUUUACGGGUGUUUUAUCAGCAGUUCUUCUAUACAGAGUGCUUUAUCGUUUACAAAAUUUCGUUAUCGAGAUCUAUUUGUGCAUUGAACCUCGAGGCCCCAAUUGGUUUCGGUGUUUUAAGAUAAUAGCUUUGGACUUUUGAAUCUUAAUCCCACAGAUUACUACGAUCGUUAUCGUUUCCGAUCGAUACGCUUUUGGAAGACCGAUAUUUUUAAAUUGGACAAAUUUUUAGUGUCUUUUUAUUUAUCGAUUCCCCGAGAAACAUUCAAGUAUUUAUAAUUCUAUGUAUUGACGAUCGAAGACUAAAAAUUUCACGCGGGACGAGACAUACAUACAUACGUCGUUUCUACACUAAUUUUUCGACAAAAAAAAAAACAAAAAAAAGUCGAAAUCCCGUCUGGAAUUUUUCGAGUUUCGAUCGCCAUUAUUUACCACGUAUCCUGUUAUACGUUACUGCGGUUUAAUCGCUACGUUCGUUGUGUUCAUAGUUGUUGUUCAGAGUAUAUAGCGUUUAAAUUUAUGAGUUACAAGCGUGGAACCAUGGCUGGUCCGUGUGACUGUGUUCAACAACGAAGACUACUCGCGCGAACUUUUCCACGAAACGUACGAUCGUGAAUAAUUCUCCCGCAACGUUCAUCGUCAUUUUUGUUCGCGAUUUUUCGCCUCCAACGCGACGCGAACGUGUAAACAUUCUCUAAACUAAAAAGUCGAACGAGUACGCGAUUUGAAUUUGGCGCGCUCGACUUCAACAUGGGAAUUAAAAUGGCGAAAGUCGAAGGAAUGUAGAGACCGGUCGAUUCUUUGAUUCUCUUCGACUCGCGGGCAUUCUCAUUCUCAGGAGCCUCGAUUAUUCCUUCUGUCAAUCGAAGAUACGAAGAUGUUUACGAAAGAUUGCGAUGUGGGAAAGGAAAUUGCGAAAUUGAAUGUUAUUCUUUUUUCUCGCGACUUGGCACGACCUUCUCGAGCAAACGGAUAUAUUUUUAGAGAAUUCGAUAAGACGAACAAUGCUAAAAAUCAAGCUACGAUCGUGAAUAAUUAUAAUUAGUCUACGGAUGUUUAUGCAUUUAUGGGAAAUUUUAAUC